GACCAGAUCAGUGGCACAAAAAUUACCCGAUUGCCAAAGGACGCCAUCAGUCACCUAUUGAAAUCAAUAACAAAGAAGUGCAUUACGAUCGCUCCCUACUACCAUGGUUUGCUAGUUACGAUCCUGGUGCAGCCAGGACCAUCCUCAAUAAUGGGAAAACCUGCAGAGUUGUAUUUGAUGAUUCUUUCGAUAGAUCAGUGCUGAGAGGUGGGCCACUUCCAGGAGUGUACAGGCUGCGUCAGCUUCACUUCCAUUGGGGUUCAUCUGACGACCAUGGCUCCGAGCAUGUUGUGAACGGAGUGAGAUAUGCAGGAGAGCUACAUUUGUUACACUGGAAUCCCAAAUACAGUAAUUACCUUGAUGCUGUGAGAAGAACUGAUGGAAUAGCUGUUUUGGCCAUAUUUUUGCAAGUAGGGAAAACUCCUAAACCAGAGAUGAAGAGAAUUCUUGAAGAAAUAAAUGCUAUCAAGACAAAGGGGAAAGAAGCUCCUUUUCAAAACUUUGAUCCUUCAAUUCUUUUCCCUAAAUCUCAUGACUACUGGACAUACCAUGGGUCUUUCACUACUCCACCUUGCGAAGAGUGCAUCACCUGGAUUGUUCUUAGAGAGCCUAUCAUAGUCAGCUCAGACCAGAUGGCAAAGCUCCGGAGCCUGUCCAAGAAUGCCGAAAAAAACCUGGUUGAUAACUGGCGCCCGACUCAGCCUCGGUAUUUCAGGAUGGUGAGCGCAUCAUUCCUCUAG